AUGAGUUCUAAUCAACCACUUCUCUCUGAUUCAGAUCUUCCUCCACUGAUUCAACACCGCCCGAAGAAAUCAGGAUCCAUAGCUUCCUCUGUAUUUGACGAUGCUUCUGAAUCUCAUCAUAAAACAGGUCUUGAUCUGACGGAAGACAAAGACUAUGAUUUAGCUAGUGAAGCUAGCUUCCAUUCAGCAGUUGAGACCAAUUUCACUUUUGGGACAGAGAAAGAUUUCAACUUUGGUGAGUCCCAUUUGCCCCACAAACACCACACGCACCCUUUGGAAUGCUCCACGAAGGAGAGGGUGCGAGGGGUAUCGUGGGGUGCAAUGGAACUGCAUGAUGCCACCACCAAUAGUAGUAGCACUAGUGUGCCCUUUGAAAUCUCAGGUUCUUCUUCACAACAGCAUGUAGUUCAUCAUGAUAAUAGGUUGAGUAGUAAUCACAAUAAUUAUAGUAAGCCUCAGAGGGUUAGGCACAAGAGCAGCGUGCAGUUUGAUGAUGCUUUGUUGCAUGAUGAUAGUGCUAGGUUGAUAUAUAUUAAUGAUCCUAAGAGGACUGAUGAUAAGUGUGAGUUGCCGGGGAAUGAGAUCAGGACUAGUAAAUACACAAUUGUUACCUUCUUGCCUAAGAAUCUUUUUAUUCAGUUUCAUAGGGUUGCUUAUUUGUAUUUCCUUGCUAUUGCGGCUCUCAAUCAGCUUCCUCCCUUGGCCGUAUUUGGGAGGACUGUGUCACUCUUCCCGCUGUUGUUUGUGCUCUGCGUCACUGCUAUUAAGGACGGAUAUGAAGACUGGCGGCGGCACAGGUCGGAUCGCAAUGAGAACAACCGGGAAUCAUUGGUGCUUCAGCAUGAUGAUUUCCGGCCGAAGAAGUGGAAGAAUAUACAAGCUGGUGAGGUUGUUAAGAUCUUUGCUGAUGAGACGAUUCCAGCUGACAUGGUCUUGCUGGGGACAAGUGAUCAAAGUGGGCUUGCCUAUAUUCAGACAAUGAAUUUGGAUGGAGAGUCGAAUUUGAAGACUAGGUAUGCUAAGCUGGAAACAACUGCUGCAGUUUCUUCGGAAGCUUGUCGUGUUUCUGGGGUUAUCAGAUGCGAGCAGCCUAACCGGAAUAUUUAUGAGUUCACGGCAAACAUGGAGUUCAACGGACUUAAGUUUUCGCUUAGCCAGUCUAACAUUGUUCUGCGUGGUUGCCAACUGAAGAACACAGAUUGGAUCAUUGGUGUUGUGGUUUAUGCUGGACAAGACACAAAAGCAAUGAUGAACAGCACACCUUCUCCUUCUAAGAGAAGCAAACUUGAAAGUUACAUGAACAGAGAAACCCUUUGGUUGUCAAUUUUUCUUUUCAUCAUGUGUUUAGUUGUGGCCAUUGGGAUGUGUCUUUGGCUGGUGCGGCACAACAGCCAGCUUGAUACCUUGCCUUACUACAGAAAACGAUACUUCAACAAUGGGCCAGAUAAUAGAAAGAGAUACAAGUAUUAUGGGAUACCAAUGGAGGCAUUUUUCUCCUUCCUGAGUUCCAUUAUAGUGUUUCAGAUAAUGAUACCAAUAUCUCUUUACAUCACGAUGGAAUUGGUUCGUUUGGGCCAGUCAUACUUCAUGAUUGAAGAUGGGGAUAUGUAUGAUGCUAACUCUGGAUCAAGGUUUCAGUGUAGGUCAUUAAAUAUAAAUGAAGAUUUGGGUCAAAUACGCUAUGUAUUUUCAGACAAGACAGGAACACUAACCGAAAACAAAAUGGAAUUCCAGAGAGCUAGUGUAUAUGGGAAGAAUUACGGGAACUCGUUGGUCGUGGCUGAUGAUACAGCUGCACCUGUUAUUCCUAGACGGAGAUGGAAGCUCAAAUCUGAAAUCAGAGUUGAUUCUGAACUGCUGACAGUGUUGCAGAGCGAAUCAGAUGGAGAUGACAGAAUUGCUGCACAUGAAUUUUUUCUUACAUUGGCAGCUUGCAAUACUGUGAUCCCUAUUCCUACUGGUGGUACAUUCUCCAGUCCUGGAACAAGUGAAUCAGAUGAAGAUAUGGAAGGUAUUGAGUACCAGGGAGAAUCCCCUGAUGAACAAGCUCUAGUCUCUGCUGCUUCUGCAUAUGGAUAUACCCUUUUUGAGCGAACAUCCGGACACAUUGUUAUCGACGUCAAUGGUGAGAAGCUCAGAUUGGACGUAUUGGGCCUACACGAGUUUGAUAGUGUGCGCAAGAGGAUGUCUGUUGUUAUUCGUUUUCCCAACAACGUUGUAAAGGUGUUGGUCAAAGGUGCUGAUACUACAAUGUUUAGCAUUUUAGCAAAUGACAGUGAGAGCCACAAUACCAUACGAGAUGUAACACAGAGUCAUCUGAAUGAAUAUUCUUCACUAGGUCUGCGCACUCUUGUAGUUGCAUCUAGAGAUCUUUCAGAUGCUGAACUUGAAGAGUGGCAAAGCAUGUAUGAAGAGGCCAGCACUUCUUUGCAUGAAAGAGCUGCUAAACUACGUCAAACAGCAGCGUUUAUAGAAUGCAACUUAAAGCUACUUGGAGCAACGGGAAUUGAGGACAAGCUGCAAGAGGGUGUACCAGAAGCCAUUGAGUCCCUGCGGCAAGCUGGAAUCAAGGUCUGGGUUCUUACUGGUGAUAAGCAGGAGACAGCAAUUUCAAUUGGUCUCUCUUGCAAACUUCUCACUGCAGAUAUGCAACAGAUUAUUAUAAAUGGCACUUCAGAGGCUGAUUGUCGUAAUCUUUUGGGUGAUGCUAAAGCUAAAUAUGGCGUGAGGUCUUCAAGUAAUCAGAAUCGGAAACGAAAAUCCAAUGCUGGACUUGGUGAUCUUGAUAUUCCCAAUGGUUCGAAGUCAUUGAGUUUGCCUAAGUGGAAUCCAGGACAGGAAGAAGGAACUACUGCUCCAUUGGCACUCAUAAUUGAUGGGAACAGUUUGGUUUAUAUUUUGGAGAAGGAAUUAGAGUCAGAGCUUUUCGACCUGGCAACUUCCUGUAGGGUUGUCUUGUGCUGCCGUGUUGCUCCUUUGCAGAAAGCUGGAAUUGUUGCUUUGAUAAAGAGCCGCACCGAUGAUAUGACACUGGCAAUUGGUGAUGGGGCCAAUGAUGUGUCGAUGAUCCAAAUGGCAGAUGUUGGUGUUGGAAUAUGUGGGCAGGAAGGGCGCCAAGCGGUGAUGGCGUCAGAUUUUGCAAUGGGGCAAUUUCAGUUCUUGAAAAAAUUACUCCUGGUUCAUGGGCACUGGAAUUAUCAGCGUGUGGCUUACUUAAUUCUGUACAACUUUUACCGCAAUGCUGUCUUUGUAUUGAUGUUAUUCUGGUAUAUAUUAUGCACUGCUUUUUCUACAACAUCUGCGUUGACAGAUUGGAGUAGUGUAUUCUAUUCUGUGAUAUACACAUCUGUACCUACCAUUUUUGUUGGUAUUCUGGACAAAGACUUGAGCCAUAGGACACUCUUGAAGUAUCCGAAGCUGUACACUGCUGGUCACAGGCAAGAGGCAUACAAUUUGCACUUAUUCUGGAUCACAAUGAUUGACACAGUAUGGCAGAGCCUUGUUCUCUUCUACACUCCUUUGUUCACAUACAAGGAUAGUGCGAUUGAUAUAUGGAGCAUGGGCAGUUUGUGGACAAUUGCGGUUGUUAUUCUUGUGAAUGUACACCUGGCCAUGGACAUCAACCGUUGGGUAUUAAUUACUCAUGCUGCUGUAUGGGGAUCAAUAAUCAUUACAUAUGGUUGCAUGAUAGUCUUGGAUUCAAUACCUGUCUUUCCCAAUUACUGGACUAUUUAUCAGCUGGCAGUGUCCCCUACAUAUUGGAUAACCAUUUUGCUUAUAAUUAUCGUAGCGCUGCUCCCUCGCUUUACUUGCAAAGUUGUUUGCCAAAUCUUUUGGCCUUCAGAUAUCCAGAUAGCCAGAGAAGCUGAGCUACUGAGAAAACGACAUAAUCAUGUGCAGUCGAGGCAACAAGUUUCCAGUUAACCGGUGUUAGUGUCUUGUGUUGCUGACAGAAACUAAGGAAAUCCUAACUAAAAUGGCUUCCCUUGCAUUUGUCAUCACAAUGCAUUCUGAUGGCAGUUGGUUGUAUAGGUGAUCUGAUUCGUUGCAAAAGAAGAUUGCAUUAACGCGAGACAAAUGCUCGGCAUCCUUACGUAGUAGCCAAGGAUUUCGCAGGGAAGCGCAUGACAAGUUACGGAUCAAAGCCAUGCCAAGCCUCCAAUCCGGGAAGAAACUCAGUCUCAGAUUUUUAUCUAGUAAUUUGAUAUGGGGGGUGUGGAAUUUUUAAUGGUGGGGCAUAUGCCCAUAUAUGGUGUUUUCCACUUGUCUCUAUAGAGGGGAAUGUUUGUGGUAGAGAUAAAUUAGAGUGUAAUCAACUGUACAAUAGUUCUGUACAAAAAAAUAUCAAGCUUUAAUGGAAAGAAGAAAAAAGUAAUUUCACAUAAGACCAUCUUCGAUGGGGAAUUCAUCCCAGUUCAUAUUUAUGCCC